CCAUAGACCGGUUAUCAUUUUUCUGUCCACUUUCUAUCUAACUCUAAGGUUCUUAUUUAUUUUUUUAUUUUCAAAAAUUGAAAAAUGGAUGAAAUUAAUGUACCUGUUUUAUUUGUAAAUGUUCCUGUAAUGUGAUGAUUUUGUUUGUUUUAUUAAUGAAGUAAACUAAAAGAAACUUUGGCUAUAAUUUCAAUAUUGUGUUUACCGACAAUAAAGUUCUGCCUAAAUGAACCAAGGUUAACUGGUGACACCUUUGUCAGGGUUUUCGUAAGUACCUAAACAUGGGGAACGCUGGGAGCAAUCAACCAAAAGAGUGGCACAAGGACCAUGCAACGAAACAGCCUGAUGUAGGUUCUUCUUCACCUGUUAAAGAAGGGGAAGCUUUUACUUUUGACAAGAAAAUAGAUGAUGAUCGAAGUGCACGAGAGGAUGACAAUAACAUUGAGGAUGGAGCUCCCUACUAUACAAAAGCCGUGCCCGAACACGAUGUGGAGGAACCUGUAAUGCGAGAGAGAUCUAACACACUGACAGAGGAAAAAGUAGCUGAAGAUGUAAAGGUGUUACCAACAGUAUUUAAAUGGGAUGGAGGUGGUAAACAGGUUUUCAUUAGUGGUACUUUCACUGACUGGAAAACUAUUCCUAUGGUUAAAUCUCAUGGUGACUUUGUAACUAUAAUAGAUCUGCCUGAAGGAGAACAUCAAUACAAAUAUUUUGUUGAUGGGGAGUGGCGACAUGAUCCCACUGUGAAACUUGUAGACAAUGGCAUGGGGUCUAAGAAUAACUUAGUCACAGUAAAAAUGUCCGACUUUGAGGUCUUUCAAGCACUAGCGAAAGACAGUGAGGGAGUUCGUAGUGGUGCACAAACUGAAUAUUCUCAGGAAAUACCACAAUCAAAACCAUGGGAGAAAGUAUACGGACCCCCUAUUUUGCCACCACAUCUUUUGCAAGUUAUACUGAACAAAGACACUCCAUUAUCUUGUGAACCUACCUUACUGCCAGAACCAAACCAUGUGAUGUUAAACCAUUUGUAUGCCUUAUCAAUCAAAGAUGGUGUUAUGGUGCUCUCUGCAACACAUAGGUAUAGAAAGAAGUAUGUUACCACUCUACUCUACAAGCCUAUAUAAAUUGUGAAUAAGUCAACUGGGAAGUAAAAUUAAUUAAAAAUGGCU